CCAUUUGCCAAAAAAACACCAUCACAAGACAAGAAGAUGAACAACACGGAUCCGAACAACACCGGGUUUCUCGGGUCUCAAAACAUAAGCGGAUUCGGCUAUGGUAUCGGGAUCUCGGUUGGAAUGCUUUUGCUUAUCACAACAAUCACUCUAGCUUCUUAUUUUUGUAACAGAACAACACAAUCUUCACCGUCACCAUCAGCUGCACGUAUUAGAGCCCAAAGAAAUAGUCUAGCUCAAGCCCUGAGCCGACCUUCCAACAACUCGACACGUGAGCAUUGCGUAGUUGAUGUAGGCGGCUUAGAUGAUGAGACACUUUUGACCUAUCCUACCAUGCUUUACAAAGAUGCUAAAAUCAACAAAUGGGAUUCGGGCUUUUCAACAUGUUGUUCUAUUUGCUUGGGUGAUUACAAAGGAAGUGAUAUGCUUAGACAACUUCCGGAUUGCGGUCACCUUUUUCAUGUCAAGUGUGUUGACCCAUGGUUGCGGUUGAACCCAACAUGCCCAAAUUGUCGAACGUCUCCCCUGCCCACACCACUCUCGACCCCUUUGGCCGAGGUGGUUCCUCUUGCCAUGAGACGAACCUGAUCAUCAUUGAUUUAUACUAUUUUGAUCAUCGAUCAGCUAGCUGGUUAAUAAUUAGUUCGAUCGAUCGAUUCAAUUAAUUAGUGAAGAAUUCUAUAUAUGAUUAUUGUCGCGGCCGGCCUUGUGAGUUUAAUUUCAUUCUUUUUUAUUAUAAUUAUUAAGAGAUAUAU